UUGACCACAUAGAUCUCUACAGCCUACAGAAUGGAUAACGGGUGUCAUUGUACAGCCGACACCGACAGGCUCUCAAACCCUAUUCUCUACAACAUCCUGAGCCAAAUGGAUAACAGCAAAGCAGGUCAAAACAACUUUAACUACAAUUCAGUACCUCAUAGAUGCAACUGUGAGCUGCGACGGACAGUGUGCCUGAAAAGGCCAGCUGAGAUUUGUAAAGAAGCUUCAGCAGUUCUGGUUAAAACCAUCCAUUUCAUGAAGAACUUACCUGCUUUUAACCAGCUGCCGCCAAAUGACCAGCUCUCACUUCUCAAAAGCUGCUGGGCACCACUCUUUAUUUUGGGCCUGGUCCAGGAGCAUGUGGACUUUGAGGUGAUGGACACUCCUGCUGACAGCAUGCUGAAAAAGAUUCUCCUGAACCGCCAGGAGAGCCCUGAGAUGGAAAGAGAGCAGCCCACCAUGGCCGGUGUCAGCAAACUCAAGUCCUGCCUAAAAAAGUUUUGGAGUUUGGAUUUGAGUCCAAAGGAGUACGCAUACCUCAAAGGGACCACAAUAUUUAAUCCAGAUGUACCAGAUUUAAAGGCAGCUCUGUUCGUCGAAGGCUUGCAACAGGAAGCUCAGCACGCCCUCAGUGAGGUCGUCCAGCUGAUUCAACCCGGGCCCCAGGAACGCUUUGCUCGAAUCCUCCUCACAGCCUCCACGCUGCAGAGCAUCACACCCAGCCUCAUCACUGAACUCUUCUUCCGGCCCGUGAUAGGUCAGGCUGAUCUGCUGGAGCUGCUGGUCGACAUGCUCUUCUGCAGAUAGAGGAUGUGGACUUCAUGUGACUGUCCUGGAGAAAGUUGAAUUUUUAACUGUGGUGUUGCAGAACUUUUUGUUGACCAACCUCAGCAAUGUUCCCUCAUGAAAUGAAGGAACGCCUGAUGAAAAAAAACAAAAACAAAAACAACAACACUAUUACUUUUUUAUAUUUACAUUGAAGCUGAGGUCACUUUAGCCCUGGCUGAAAAGAUUUUAUCUGCUGAAGAGGAAAGAUUUGAGUUUCCACAUAGACUGACCCCACUGUUCAUAUACUGUACCUUAUGUGGAAGAUCUUAUCUG